AGCGUCCCAUGUGCGACGACGUGUUCUACACUGUCUGCCACCCGAGCUCCCAGCGCGAGUUUCACUACCGACGCUCGGUGAAUGCUUGCGUCGAGACGGCUGCCGACGCCGUGCACACGUGCAACCGAGGAGCCAACAGGUUCGCCUCGCUCACCCACUGCCGCCGAAGCUGCAUGCAAGCGGGGCGGCGACCUGCCGACGAAUGCUUCAGCAAGCCGCUAUUCACCAGCUGUGCCAGGCAGGACGUGCUGUCCAGCUGGUGGUUCUUCGAGGGCCGAAAGUGCGCUCCCUGGAACUUCCCGUCGGGCGGAUGUCCCGCCAACCACAGCGUCGUCUUCCGCACUGCCCAGGAAUGCAGGAAGCAGUGCAUGGCAGGAGGGCUCCGGGAUUCCCCGUGCCGUCCACCCAGAACGGUUACCUGUGAGAGCCAGCACCUCAAGUACCCGUUCUUUGCGGACCUGUCCAUGAGGGACGGCCGCAUCCGGUGCCUGCGUUCAUCGCCCGAUGUGCUGCGACACCGCCGGUGCCUUGCCGGUGCGAACCGGUUCCGCACCCUCGAAGCCUGCAAGGUCGCGUGCAAGAAGACUCGAACUGCCUGAACCACCUGACUCUGCUAUGUAGAUUAUUUUACAGUCGACCUUUCUUUGGAAUAUAAUUUCCGUUACGAUGCGCACGU